AUGUAUGAAAAAGAAGAUAAUAAUUGGAAAUUCAAACCAAAAUGCAACAGAAACACAUUGGGAAAUUUAGCUAAGAAAGUUACGAAUGUACAAAAUUCUUUAUCUAAAGAUUUGUAUCAACCAGAAGUAGAUUAUGCUAUAGAAAAAAUUCAAUUCAAUAUUCUCAUCGUCGGUUCACCACGUGUCGGCAAAAGUGAACUUAUCAAUGCUUUAUGUAACGGAAAGUGUCGAGCAGAAACCAGUUCAAGUCUAAAUUCUUGUACCAAGGAAGUGAGAUGUUAUGUUUUAGAAGACGAUCGACAACAUAAAAGUGAUGAGCAACCAUUUAAAAUCAAUUUUUAUGAUACACCUGGUAUUGAAUCAUGGAUAAAUCAAAGUGGAAAGAAGACAAUGCUUGAAUUUAUUGAAGAGAAAAAUCCUGUCUGUCUGAUUUAUUGUGCUUCACCUGGAUCAUUUGCUGAUUUAAAACAAGUUCAUCCAGUACUUGAAUUUUGUAAAAGUAAAGAUAUAUUUUGUGCUCUUGUAUGUACAAAUAUGUGGUCUGGAAGUAAUCGACAUAUGGUGAUUAAAGAAUUCGAAAAAGAACUUCAAUUCUUUGGUGAACAAAUUGAUAAAUUUGCUGAUCAAUCUCCUUCUCAAACUCAUCAUAAAGUGUCUUUUUUUGGUAAAGGUGCUCUUUGUACAAUGGUUAAUUCAAAAGAAUAUCAUGAUCCCGAUUUGUCUGAUAAACGAAUGCCUGUACAAGGCAUUGACGAACUUAUUCAUAGUAUCAUGGAGUCUCUUGAUCAAGAGAAAUUACUUGCUUGGUGCUAUGCUGUACUUCAUCGUCGCACCUACUGGGAAAAGAUUAAUAAUAUUUUUUUAGCAACAAGUAUGGCAAAAGAAUAUAGCAUUGUUGUAUGUGGUUCAGCACGUGUUGGUAAGAGCACUCUUGUUAAUGCUAUUUGUGGAAAACAGGUGGCUCGAACAAGUAGCAGUCUCUGUUCUCAUACCGAACGAAUGGAAAAAUAUAUUAUCAAUAGAAAUGACAUUUUCACCAAUGAUCGUGACAAUUCCGUUCGAUAUACGAUUACCAUCUAUGAUACUCCAGGUAUUGAAUCAUGGACGGAAGAACACGUUCGAUCAUAUUUAUCAAAUAUUAUGCAAACAAGUAAACCUGUAUGUAUGAUCUAUUGUGCAUCACCUGGUUCAUUUGCUCGACUUGAUCAAUUACAAUGGCUAGUUAAUACAUGUAUUCAAUCGAAUAUCUUUUGUGCUUUAGUUUGUACAAAUAAAUACAGUGGAGGACAUGAAAAACGUACACAAGUAAUGCAAGACUUUCAUUCACUUUUAACACGCUAUCAUGGAAUGACAAGAGACGAGAAUAUGAUUAAGUAUUAUGGUGAUGUCGCUUUAUGUACUGCAGUGAAUAGUAUUGUAUAUGAAGAUCGAGAUUUAUGUGUUCGAAAAGAAGCCGAAGGUAUCAAUGAACUUAUUUUCGGCAUUUUAACUUCAUUGAAAGAUGAUAAAAUUGUUGCUUGGUGUUAUACUGUAGCUGAUAAUGAAUCAUUUUGGACAAAGAUGGGGUCGAAGCUUACAGAAUUCUUUAAAAUAUCUCAACCGGUUGUGGAAAAAUUUUUUCAAGAACAUGGCAAAGAGAUUGCAACGGCUUUAUUUGGGCUUAUUAUGACUGUUAUUAAACGCAAAAUGUAA